AAGGAAACAAGAAACAAGUUUGUUGCUUCCGUUGCUGCUAUAAACAAAAAUAUAAAUUUUAAUUAAAAGUUUUAGAAGGAGAAUAUUCAAUACUUAUCUGAUGCCUUGGUGAUCAAGACAAUUACAAUGCCAGCUGCAGCUAUUAAGUCUGAAAACUCCAUUGUGCAUGAGAAAUGGGAUAACGAAGAUUUAGCCAAAGUGCGAAUCAAAGUUCUUAAAGACCACACUGAUAGUGUCACCAGCUGUCAAUAUAUUCAAGAGUCUCAGAAAGCUGCCAGUGCAUCAACUGACUGCAGUGUCAAGCUUUGGAAUCUGAAGACUGGUGAAUGCAUCAAAACAUAUGAAGACUUACACACCGUUAAUAUAUCUCAAACUCAUUUUAUGUUAGAUGGAUCAAAAUUUUUAACUUGUGGUUGGGACAAAGCUUUAAAGUUUUCUGAUGCUGAAACUGGGAAAUGUUUACUGCAAAAAUGUCAUGAAGAUUUCCUGACCUGUUGUCAACUAUCCCAUGAUGGGAAAUUAAUGGCAGUUGGAUCAGAUAUGUCAUGUAGCUUAAAAAUUUAUGAUGUGGAUAGUGGUGCACUCAUUCAUAAUUUAGAAAAUUUCCACAAGAGCAGUAUAACAAGUGUCAAGUUUGCCCCUGAUGAUGAUAAAAUAAUAACAACAUCCUCCGACAGAACUGCAAAGUUUUAUGAUUUAUUGACAGGAACAACAACAUUAAACCUUGAAGGCCAUACAAAUAUAGUCUCAAGCUGUGACAUCAGUCAUGAUGAGAGAAACUUUGCUACUGCAUCAUGGGAUAAAACUAUUUUACUUUGGGAUGUAGCCACUGGCAUGUAUAGAUCAAAAGGACCAACAAUGUUGAAAGGUGGCCAUGAUGGUUCAGUGAGUUGCUGUCAGUUUAGUUCUGAUGGACUUCUGCUGGUAACUGGUUCAUACGACAUGAACAUUGUUGUCUGGGAUCUAGAAAAUAGUGUGCAAAAACUCAAACUCCAGGGACAUUCUGACUGGGUAAAUGAUGUCUGCUUCAGUGAGGACCAGAAAUGGUUGUUGUCAUGUUCCAGGGACACAACACUAAGACUAUGGAACAUAGAAGAAUCAGACCAAAUACCGAUGGUCAUGGAGAACAAGAAGACAGUCAACAUCAAAGUGGCUAAGUGCUCAAAAUGUGGUAAACCAUUUUCCUUGUCUCAACUUGAAAGUUUUCAAGAUGUGACCAGAUGUGUUUUUUGUCGACUUGCCAAACCUGAUAAGUCAUGGCUUGGCUUUAGUGAUUCUAGCAACACGAGUUCUUGAUGACAAUACAAAUGGAAGAAGUGAACUAUUGAAAUAUGGGUUACUGCUCUUAUCUCACAGGAUUUUGAAGUAUAAAACCUUAAAAUUUACAA